AUGGCGGUGGUCUUGCGUUCCAGUUCGGAUUUAGUCUAUCUACCUGAUCAUGGGUUUGUAGGUGAAGAUGGUGCAAUACGUAUCCUUCCUCAACUCAGUCGUCAAAUCCGUCGUCUUGACAUCUCUCACAAUCUACUAGGAUCAACAGGAAUCAAAACUCUUUUUCUUGGAUUGCAACAUCUACGUAUGAGGUAUUCCACCCCGGACGAUCUAUGGGGUUUGAAACAGAUCAAUUUGGGUACGAAUGGGAUAACGGAUGAAGGGUUGGAAUGUGUUUUAGGUUAUGCGAAGAAAGAUGUUUGUAUGCGUGAAGUGUUGUUACAAGCUAAUCAAAUUGAGCUUCGAAAAAACCUCACUUCAAUUAUCCAUUCCCUAAACUCCUCAAACCUCACCAGUCUUUCUCUGACCAAUAACAAAACCCUUCUCCCUUCUUCCCUCUCCACUUUAUUCCUUUCAUUAGAUUCCCCAAACCUACAGAAACUCUAUUUAUCAGCAUGUAACAUCACUCCAUCUUUGACCGAUUCCAUAACCAACUUCCUUCGUUCUCCUCGAAGUCGACCUUUAGACCUACUCGAACUUAAUGGUAAUUCCCUAGGAGCGGAUUCCGUUACCAAAAUCAUCGACACUAUCGAAUCUCAUAAUUUCACUUUAAAACAAUUAGGUUUAUUAGCAAACGAUAUUAAACCUGAUUUAUCUUUAUUCCCAAAUUUCGAUCCUUCUCAAUUUACUUCCCCAGAAGAAUGUAUGGAUAGAAGAACAGAAGAAAGGAUAUUGAAUUAUCAAGUUCAUGAGAGAUUACCAUCACUUUUAUUAAGGAAUAGAAAUCUCACGAAAAGAACACAAAAAGCAGCUUUGAAAUGUCUACCGAUAGCCAGAAUAUUAUUAAAUGCUUCACCUAAAUCAGUCGAUCGAAUAGCAGAAGAAGUCAUGAAGGAUAUUUCUAAUGAAAGGAAAAUGGAAAAUAUGGAAGGAUUUAAUUUAUUAGGAUUACCUGAAGAAAUAUUAUAUUUAAUAAUUAAACAUUGUUCAGAAGAUUCAGAAGCUUUAUCGGAAAAUCAAUUUAUCGGUUUAAUACAUGAAGCUAAAGAUGAAGGUAGUUUGAAAAGAAGAUGGAACGUUUUAAGAGAAAGGAAGAUGAAAGUUAAAUGGGUUGAAGAUGUUGAUGAAGUUGUGAUUGGUUUAAAAGAAGAAUGGUUGAAAAGAGGUAAAUGGGAUAAAUGGGAAUUGGAUAAGUAUCCCGAGGAAGGGGAUCGUCAAGUACAAUUAAAUGUGGGACAAUUGAAUUUAAGUUGA